GGGGGCGAAGUGUUCAGAACUGAAACAGUGAGGGCCGCUGUGGAGAGACACUGACUAACAGCAGCAGCACCGAGAACAGGCGGGCCUGCGCGUCCAGCAGGCAGACAUGUCGGAAGCGGAGCGGUGACGCGUCUCUGUUCGGUUUUCGCUCUGCUGAGUCGUUUAGGCGCCUCAGCGCUGAUACAUCUGCCCUGGGGAGGAGGAGGAAACAUCAGAAACAUCUGAGAGGAGAGGAGAAACAUGGCGGACUCGGGAGUUUCCCGAGCGGAGAGCUCGCCUGACAGCCUCUCGGUUUACAUCUACGACUGUCGCCCCGACAGCAAAGUAGCUUCUGAGAAGGUGAUAGAAAUCAGCGGCAAGAACUACGACGAGUUCCUCCAGGCUGUACGCCAGGAGUUUACUAUCUCUCGAAAUGAAGCUUUUGUGCUCACAACAACAGAUCGCAGGGAGAUCGUCAAAGACGUUUAUGGUGAGCUUGCAAAUGGAAAAACAUUACACCUCCUACAGACUGUGGAUCAAGAGUUGGCUACAGCAACUCAAGAGCGAAUUAAUUAUCUUCCCCAUUACCACACUAUUGUACAGAGUGGCCAGUAUGAGUACUAUGCCAGCGAAGGACAGAAGGCACUACCCUAUGCCUUCGCUGAGCUCAUUGAUAAUGCACUUUCGGCCACCUCACACAAUCAUGGAGUCAGGAGCAUUGACAUCAGACUGUUGUUUGAUGAGUCUCAAGGUGGACCGGCUGUAGUGGUGAUAGAUAAUGGUCGUGGAAUGACCUCUAAAGAGUUAAACAACUGGGCUGUUUAUCGCCUUUCCAAAUUCAAUCGAGAUGACAGCACUUUUCAGAGUGAUCAUUCUGGAUAUGUCCGUCCCAGUCCAGUCCCACGCAGUCUGAACAGUGACAUUUCCUACUUUGGCGUUGGAGGCAAACAGGCCGUGUUUUACAUAGGCCAGUCUGUACGGAUUAUGAGUAAGCCAGUUGGAUCUCCAGAUGCACAUGAGUUUGUGAUGUCUAAAGAAGACUUUGAGCAGAAAGAAAAAAACAAAGAGGAAAUUUAUUCUGGCAUUAUCCGGAACAGGAAGCCUGGGGACUGCUCUCAUGUGAGAGUGGAUGAAGAGCGUUUCUUGCACUCACUCAUUCUGGAAGAACAGAGCAAAGAGAGUUUCACUGCUAUAGUCAUAAGUAGAAUCCAGCCAGAGCAUGUUACCUACCUUAAACAAGACUUCACCUUGUGGACUAGGGAGUUGGCGCACAUCUAUCAUUACUAUGUUCAUGGUAUCCAUGGAAAUGACAUGAGAAACUCGAGAAGUGCUGAAUCUACGUCAAACAUUGACAUACAGAUCUGCCUGAUUGAUCGAUCCCCUCGCUUGCCAAGACUUCUUAAUCUGAGAGAGAUUGAUAAUGAUAUGCAGACUCUUUAUAUAAACUCCAGUGUGGCAGAGUUUGAGUUUAAAGCCAGUAAAGGGGGAGACGCCAGAGUAGAAGGACUGAUCAGAUAUCAUCCUUUCCUGUAUGACAGAGAAACAUACCCAGAGGACCCAUAUGCCUUAACACCAGUUGCAGAGAAUGAUGAUGAUGAAUGUUUUGUCUUACACGCCGAGGGCCGAGGAAAAAGACCCAUCUUUGAGUGCUUCUGGAAUGGACGAUUAAUUCCUUAUUCUUCUGUUGAUGAGUUUGAGUGGUGUGCAAGACCCAAGAAAGUUUGUACAGUUCCAUUAGAAUGCUACAACAGGAUCUCGGGCGCCCUCUUCACUAAUGACUAUUUUCAAGUCAGCACCAAUAAACUAACGUUUAUGGAUCUGGAACUACAGCUACGAGACAAAGAAACUAUCUUUACCAGAGUUCUCAAUGGCCAGGAGCAGAGAGUGAAGAUCAAUCGAGAGUUCACUGCUUGGUUGAAAGAGUGCCAUGAACGAUAUGAUAAACAGGUGAAGUUCAUUGGUUUCCAAGGUACAAUGACUCGCACAGAUGUUUCAACUAAACGGUUGCAGUCACCGUGGGCUCGGUUCAAAGCCAUCCACUGGGAUGGCAAAGUCUACAAGACAGGACAACAAGUGAAAUCAGUGAAAACUCAACCUAUUCUGUUUGGUACCAUAGUUCAGUUUCUGCUCUAUGGAGACCAUGAAGGAGACGAGUACGCCACAGGAGGACACGUGCAAAUUGCAUUGGAACCGAAGGAGCUCUAUAAUGAGAUUAAAACCAUCCCCAUAUCUAAGAUUGACAGACUAGCAACAGCUGCUGCCAUCAGGAAAAGCAUUGAUGAUGAACUGGCCAAGCUCCCCGACCAAUUGAGGAUUACAUGGCCAGAGGGAAAUUCAUGGCCUGAUAAAGCUAUUCGACCAGCUGGCACGCCCUUGGGUCCAAUCCAAGUUGAGAUUUUGAACAAGAAAGGAGAAACCAUGUCACGAUUGCCAGUAGCUAAUGUUAAUGCAAAGAAACUCCUGAUCGAGCUCAAAGUCAUCUGGCACUCUCCUAAAGGGGACGUCCCAACCAGCUCUCACAUUGGUGUGCACUCCUCCAAGUGGGAGUACUGGUUCAAAGUAAUGGAAAACUUGAAUAAGUUGGGAAAGUACACACUUCAGCUGCAAACUAUAUUGAGUGAUGGCGAAUCAGCCAGUGAAUGGGCCGGUAAACGACUGCCUCACUAUACACUCCACUUCACUAUUAAAGAAAGCAGUGCAGCAGCCUUUGUGUUUAGUGUAGUUCCCUCAUCUGUUCGGGUGGGGGUUCCCUUCUCUCUGCCUCUGGAAUUUAGGGAUGAGUUUGGCCAUCCAACUCAGCCCCCCUCUGAUAUCAAACCCCAGCUAGAGUGCAGUUCACUACAGUUGAGUUAUGAGCAGACAGCUUCAAGUGGAACUGCAUUCACCAUACAAGACCUGAGAGCCAGGGGUAAAGUAAAGAACCAUCAGGAGAAGAUGCAUACUGUGAAGGUAAUGAUCCCGGGCCUCAGACAAGACUGCCAGUCUUUUCAAAUGAUUGUGCGCCCAGGUCCUCCACAUCAGCUGGUGGUGUCGCCUGAAGAUGAAGUCUCUAUAGAGAAUGGGUCACCUGCACCAUUCAAAGUGGAAGUUCAAGAUGAGUUUCAGAACAUCACAGCGCAUCCCAAACUUAUUGUCCGUUGCCAGUUACUAGGAGCCCCUGAUUUACCUGUUGAUGCUGUUGACUGCAGUAAUACUGGCACUGGGCUGCUGCUAGCAAAACCAAUUCAACUAAAGACUGUUAACACAGAGCAAGUCCUCACUGCAAAAUUUGGCAUUCCUAACCAGAAGGGAAUAACAUGUGUGGAGCGGACUCUCCGUGUCUUGCCAAGCACACGUGUCUUCCGUGUAGAAGUUUACAGGCAGGAUGAGGAUUCAGAUGAUGUCAUGGUGAUCCAGAAUCUGGAGCGAAUCGACUGGACAGCAGGAGACACCCUUGGGAGCCUCCACUUUAGGCUGUAUGAUGAGGGGGGCAGACUGGUGCCUUUAACACAGAAGCUUGCACAUAACGUAAAGGUGAACUGGACUGCUGAUGUGAAAACAGCAGAAUUGGCUAAGGGAAUACUACCAAGUAUCUGUGUCCCCACAAAAGCACAGGGAGAACACUUCUAUCAGGUGGCAUUUCGGGACCAGCACACAGUUGACACAUCCUUUAUAAUAGUCCCACGUCCAGAUGAGCCUGAGCGACUGAGGAUAACUCUCAGUGAAACGACUGUCCGAAUGGGAGAAACUCUACCAGGAAAUAUUUAUAUUGAGGUGGUGGAUCAGUAUGGGAAUAAAACAGAUGCUCUAAGUGCUGAGAGCGUGAAGGCAGUCAGUGUGUCUGCAGAUGACCUUGAUGUAUCAGCCCUCAGUGUCGAAUGGCAGGCCAGUACAGGGACUGUGUUGGUUGGUGGUGUGCGCUUUGCAUCAGGCUUUCCUGGUCCGAGGGAGUUGUGUUUUAAGUACCAGGGAUUUGAAGAGUUUUCCAGAGUGAAAGUCACUGCUGGACCACCAGCAAAAAUCGACCUGCUGGAUGCUCCAGAAAUGCCCUUACAUGUGUUAAAUGGACGAGGUUUGGACACUCCGUUCCUGUUACAGUUGUGUGAUGAGUGGGAAAACCCAGUUCCAGAUCAGAGAGUUGUCAUAGCGAUCAAAACGCUAUCACCACAGCUCAAGGUUAAAUCUUCAGUGAUGUCCCAGCCUGUGGAUUCAGAGGGAAGGGCCUGCUUUACCCUGGAGAUGGUGACAGCCACAAAAGGAGAGCAUGAGCUGGAGUUCCGUGGGUCCUUCAGUAGAAACAGUAUUCCUGGUCCGGUGGUGAAGCUGAAUGUGAUGCCUGAUCCUAAUAACCCCAUCAGACUUAAUGUAGAAUACAACAAUGAUACUAUCUUGACAGCAGGAGAUACAUUCCCAGUGUUUCAAGUGACAGUAGUCUCUGAAGAAGGUGGUCCUGUGAGGAAUGCGAGCCCAGCCAGUCUUUCUAUGCUACUGUGGCAGGGUUCAGCUUCAGGAACCCGUCCUCCACAAGGAGCAACAACUCUUAAGUGUAGUAAACCCAAAGAGAAAGAAAAAGAUGGUCACUUUUACUUCAGAGAUAAGGAGAUUCCAGAACAAGUGGGAAAGUACCUUGUGCAGUUUGUUUUUGUUUUAGAAAAAAACAAGUGCCUCUGGAGCAGUCAGAUUGCACUGAAUGUUGUUCCCAAUAAGCCAGUGAAACUUGUUCCAGAGUGUCCUCCUUCAACCCCUGUGGUCUCUAAUAGUGGUCCUCUAGCCAGUCGCCUCCUUCUUGACAGGUUAUGCCUGAAGAUUGUGGACAAAUACAGUAACCCAGCUGGUAUGGGAAUAAAUGGACAGGUGAUUGUGACUGUGAUUAGUGUUGUAGGAGACAAGGCAAAAGACCUUCCUAUGUUUGAGAACAAGACCAAGAGUUUACCAUACAGUCUCACCAAUGGAGAGGCUACAAUCACUGACUUGGCACUGAUGGAGAACAGUCCAGGUUUUGAUGGAGCCGAGUACACACUGCAGUUCCGUCCAGUGAUUGAAGGACUUGGACCCACUACCACCAUCGCUCCUUUUAAUUUGCCUUUCAGAUUCUGCAAUGAUGCAGAGAACCAGAAGAUUAUGGCUGCGAUGAGUAAAAAGAAAGACCAGAUCUCUCAGACCAUUGAGAUCUACAGAGGCAUUUUAGAGACCAACAAACAACUCACUACUGAACUUAAGAGUCAAGUACACGAUGCCGCCAGCAAAGAGACUCAGCUCAAAUCAGAGCUCAGCAAAAGUGGCAUAGACGUUUCAAAAUUAACUAAAGUAUCUGUGAUUGAAGAUUUGAUUUCUCAGAAGACAGCAGAUUUAGACAGGAUACAGAAUGAACCUCGUCGAAAAUGUACCAUGCCUGAUCCAUUUAAAGGCAGCCCAGAUGUACUUGGAAAGAUAGCACACCUAGCACAGGUGGAGGAUGAUGAUGCUGCAAAGGUCAUCUCCUGGCAUCUUCUAGGUGACAUGGACUGUGUGGUUACCGUAACAACGGCUGCAGCAAAGAAAAUUUAUGAUGACACACAAGGACGACAACAAGUCAUGCCCCUAGAGACGGUUUUCUGGAGACCAAAUAACAAGCCACUGCCUCACAUCAGAAAUGGUGGAAGUCUGUUCCGUCCCUUAGGGAAUCCUGUGUUUGUGAGAGAUCUGCUCAUUUUUCCCGAGCAUGCUGAAAACUGCAACAUGGUCUUUUCAAGUCUUGUUGGAGACACCAUAUUGGUGGAUGAUUUGGACUCCGCUAACCAUUACCGUAGGGGGGUGGUCCAAUGUAAGGUACAGUGCCCCACCCUGCUGACGCGGCAGGGUGAACGUAUUCGAAGUAAUGGAAAGUUUGGAGGUCUGCAAAAUAAAGCUCCUCCAAUAGAGAAGCUGAGAGGACAGGUGUUUGGAGCACCACUGCCUAAAGAAUAUGACACCAUAUGCAAGCAGAUAGAGUUGCUACAGCAGUACUCUGUAGCGGUACAGAAAGCAUCAGCGGUCAAAUCUGAUUAUGAGAGCCACAUGCAGUAUCUGCAGAGUCCUCAGAUGAAAGAGAAACAGCAGGAGCUUCAGGAGCAAGAGCGGGAGCUCAGAGACAUUGAGAAACAGCUUGCCAGCACCCCUGUACGCACUUCACCUGUUUCAGCAAUGAAACGAAACCUUCUAGACGAGGCUGAUGACUCCACCCCUACAAAAAGGAUUCGCCGUAAAACUCGAAAACUCAUGGACUCUUAAAAUGAUCAUCUCAGAUCGACCAGCAAAAUCAUCUCAACACAAUAUUUAUCUUAACUGCUGCAAAAAAUCCUUCUAAUAGAAUGUUGGAAGAAGAGAUUGUGUUAAGGAAUGAACUUUUUUGUCAAAGACUGUGAGAAUUUUUCGUUAUUUUUUCUAUUUAAUACUUUGUAGCUGCCUUAUUUCUAGCAUUUUAAUAUUGCUUGCUUUUUUAAAAGUUGUUUUUUUAUUACUGACCCUGACAUUAAACAUUUUCUGUUUGUGUGAAGCAGAAAAGGCAGCUGAAUGAUAUGGACCAUGUCCAGAAUGUGUUUUUUAUGUUUCUGUUAAAAAAAAGGAAGAAAAUGUCUUUUUUUACUUUACAGCACUGUCUCUUUUACCUUUGAAUAAGAAUCUACUUCAUUCUUU